AUGAAACAACUUUUUUCCUUCCUCCAAACAGACCGUAACAGUCUAUCACACUUCGACAAACCAGUAAGCACCAGACUCUCGGCUCUCUCUCUAAAACAAACCAGAAUAAGACUGGAGAAAAUGGAGAAGGCAGUUUCGAAAUCUAAGUCUCAUCAAUCUUCAUAUACUCAUUGUGGAAUUUCAGAUUCUCAAGCUCCUGUUACUCCUAUUGGUUUUCGGUGGGAUCUACAAUGGUCAGUAGUAAACUACAAAGGGAGGGCAUAUACUCAAAGAGUACAGCUGCCAAAUGAGGCAUUCCUAGAGAAUUGGGAAACAGUAAAAGCUCUUAUCUUGUGUUAAAAGCACCUGGGA